CUGCAACCUAGAAGCGUCGCGCAAAGAAUCUUCAUCGGCCGUAGAUUGCAGAAUCACUCCCUCUUCCGUCGCUCGUCGCUCCUUCUACGCCUCGUCAAACUCAAAUCCCGGUCUUCCCCUCAAUCCAAUUCCCUCAACGAUGUCUUCUCCAGUCAUCCUCCCAUUUCCAACUCAUUGUCCCGCUCUUUACCACCUCCUCAUUUUGCC